AUGAUAAUUUUCAACAGCAAAUCGUCGUCACAGUCAGCACCACCACCACCGCAAGCGUCAUCGUUGCUGUCGUCGCAGUCGUCGUCACCAUCAUUCCUGUAUCUCUUGCUGCUAGUCUCCCUGUGUUGUCUGAUCGGCUAUGGCCAUACAGCGGCCACAGAUAGUUUAAUAGCCUCGGCGACCACUGCCAAACCACAGGCCUUUCAAUCACGUUCCAUUGAGGCCAACGAUGAUGAUCUCUUUGAGACCCAGGCUCAAACACAUUUAGGUUAUAGACAGCAGCAACAACAACCCCUGUAUGAUUACUCCCAAUCGGAAGAGGAUCAAGAGGAGCCACCACGUCCCGUCUAUCAGACACGUAAACAACAACAGCAACCCUAUCAGGGUGGUAAGGGCGGCAAGAAACAGUCAAGCGAAGAAGAAAUUGAGGAGGAAGAAGAAGAGCCGGAUCGUUUGUCAUUGUUGUUGGCCCAGUCGAAAUUCAAUUGUAAUGGAAAGACAACAGGUUACUACGCCGAUGACACGCUCAACUGCGAAGUAUUCCAUUAUUGUCAGGAAAAUCAACGUCACUCCUGGAUAUGUCCUGAAGGCUUUACCUUCCAUCAAAUCCAUUUGAUUUGCAUGCCACCUUCCAAUGAUAACCUCUGUCAGCAGUCAUCCAAAUAUCAUAUUGUCAAUGAAUAUUUAUACAAACCAGUCAAUCUGCAAGAACAUCAAAGCAAACCCAAUGUAACUCUACGCUAUUCGGAACGUUAUUAUCCUGAGAAUUUCUACGAUCAAGAUCGUGAUCGUUAUGAUGAAGAGGAUGAGACACCCAGACAACGUGUCCAACAUCAUAGACAACCUCUCCAAGUUGGUUUCAAUCGUCAACAGCAGCAACAACCUCAACAGCAUCAACAACAACCCCAACAACAUCAUACUCAACCACAAUACCAAAGACCCCAAACCUCGGUGGCUCCUCUGCAACAACCCAUUCGCCAUCAACCCGUACAGCAGCAGCUGCAACAACCGCAACAACAAUACUCUCAACCACAACAAACAACCAUUUAUCGUAAACCACUGCCAGUGACCACAAUUCAACCUCAAAUCCAACCACAAAUUCAACAAAUUCGUAGCCAAGCCCCUACCCCUACAGCUACACCAUCACCCUAUCGAUUCUUUACUGCCGCUCCGCAAUUACAUCAUUUGCAACAGCAGCAGCCUCAACAUCAACAGGUUUAUAGAACUCCUGAAGAAAUCAACAUUUCACUGCAGCAAAGACGUCCCCAAAUCUUUAUAGCCAGCACUACACCGCGUUACUAUGAAGAUGAAUAUUUGUAUGAAAGAAAAUAA